UGUCUCCGCCCUCCCGGUCAUUUAUCUUCUACAGACGUAAGCGGCCGGCCCUGGCGGUUCCCAUGGUUUCUGGCAUCACGUGUAGCUGGCACUCGGUGAGCAGGGAGGUUCUUGUCAAAGAUGCUGCGAAUUACUCUGUGCUAUUGACAGCGGGCGAGGAAGAGAGGGGGGAAGUACCAUGACACUUCAACUGAGCAGGGCGGCAUUCGCCAGGAUCGGCCAGAGUUUGCAUGUGUCCCAGUGAUCGGGGAGUGCAUUUGCAUCGCAAUAAGUUGCCCGUCGCCUCCCUGCAGCCAUCCUCAUUCCGUGGUCAUUUCUGCGGCGCAUCAUCACACUUCAGGAAUGAGCGUGAAGAUCCCCGCUGGGCUGACGGAUUUGCUGCAGAGCUUCACCGUGGAGGUACUGCGGAAGCAGCCGGACGACCUGGUCGGCUUCGCCGUGCAGUAUUUCAGACAACUACAGGCGAGCCCCCCUGACGGCAGCGGCGCCGGGAGAGCCCCCCGGACGGUCAACUUCGCCGAUGAGCCCAUGCAAACCGACUCCGAGGACGAAGAAGACGACGAAGAGUUCGAAGCUCCAGUCAAAAUCAGAUUAACUCGACGACCCUCUGUCUGUGCAGAACCUUUCAAUCCUGAUGAGGACGAGGAGGAUACAGAGUCAUGGGUUAUUCAUCCAAAAACUGAUGAGCAAAGAAGGAGGUUGCAAGAUGCAUGUAAAGACAUUCUCCUCUUUAAGAAUUUGGACCAGGAACAAAUGUUUCAAUUGUUGGAUGCCAUGUUCGAAAGAUUUGUUGAAGUGGGUGAACACGUGAUUGAUCAAGGAGAUGAUGGGGAUAACUUCUAUGUAAUUGAAAGGGGAAAAUAUGAUAUAUUUGUAAAUAUAAAUGGCAUUCAAAAGUGUGUUGGGGCCUAUGAUGACCAUGGUAGCUUUGGUGAGCUGGCAUUAAUGUAUAAUACACCCAGAGCAGCAACCAUCAUUGCAACCUCUAGUGGAGCCCUAUGGGUUAUGGACAGGGCAACAUUUCGAAGAAUUAUUGUGAAGAACAAUGCCAAAAAACGGAGGUUAUAUGAAGAAUUUGUCCAGUCAUUGCCACUUCUGAAGUCACUAGAAUUAGGAGAAAGAAUGAAAGUUGUUGACGUGUUUGGAACGAAAAUGUACAACGAUGGAGAACGAAUAAUUGCUCAGGGAGACAAAGCUGAUAGUUUUUAUAUUGUAGAGUCUGGAGAGGUCCGGAUAACUAUGAAGCACAAGGCUAAACCUGAAGCAGAUGGAGUUGAAAUAGCCCGUUGUUCAAGAGGACAAUAUUUUGGAGAACUUGCUUUGGUAGCGAAUCAACCCCGUGCAGCAUCUGCAUUUGCUGCAGGAAGUGUGAAAUGUCUAGUUAUGGAUGUGCAAGCCUUUGAGAGACUGCUUGGCCCUUGUAUGGACAUUAUGAAAAGAAAUAUUGCAAAUUAUGAGGAGCAACUAGUGAGCCUUUUUGGAACAAAUAUGGGGCUUGCUGAUCGAAGUGUAUGAAGAAAAACAUGAAGGAUGUUUCAAUACAUCACUGUGGAAACUUAUUUUACCACUGAAAUUUGGAUUCUAUGGAAACAAGUUGAGUUGUAUAUAAACAAACAAUUUUUAUAAUGAUUCUAUUUACUUCAAACCAAAAAUAAAAGUGAUUUAUUUCCAGUGUAGGAAUAACUUGAGCAGUAAUCUUUACUGCUUGAUUUUCUCUCCAGAGUAUACAGGUGAUUAAAUAAUGGAUGCGUCUUUAAUUAAAAUUCUUAAAUAUGUUAGUCAUAUUUGAAAUGGGUUAUUCCAUUAAAUGAUGGUUCAUCAAAGACAAGAAUUGGAUUUUGAGGAUGUUUCAGUAUAAUUUAAGCUGCCGAGUAAGAACAUACAAUGUAGAACUAAAGGAUUGCAGAUGUUGGCUUAGAAAAAAGAGACGAAAUGCUGGAGUAACUCAGCAGGUCAGGUAAUAUCUCUAGAGAACAUAGAUAGGUGACAACCUGAAGCAUCACGGUAUCCAGAGAUGCCACCUGACCGACCCACUGAGUUACUCCAGCACUUUGUGUCCUUUUUUAAGAACUUACAAUUUUUUUUUAACAAUUUACACUGUGGCGCAGUGGUAGAUUCGCUGCCUUACAGUGCCAGAGACCCGGGUUCAAUCCUGGCCCUGUGUGCUUAUCUGUACGGAGUUUGUACGUUCUCCCCGUGACCUGCGUGGGUUUUCUCGGAGAACUUCUGUUUGUUCCCACACUCCAAAGACCUACAGAUUUGUAGGUUAAUUGGCUUGGUAUAAAUCUAAAAAAAAAUUGUCCUCAUUGUACGAUAGUGUUAGUGUGUGUGGAUCGCUGGUCCGCGCGGACUCGGUGGGCAGAAAUGCCUGUUUCCGUACUGUAUCUCUAAAAUUAAGACUAAUAAACUAAAUGAUGUCCUGAUUACAUUAAGAUAAAGCAUUAAAUAUACAGAACAUUUAUAUAAGAGAAUUUAUUUGCUUUUAUUUACAGUUUGGCGUCUUGUAGAUUUAAUUAAAAUUCAAAAGUGUAAUAUUUGGUGAACAGCUAUUUCAUUCUGGUGCUGAAUUAAUUAUAAUAGCAAAGAAAUUUGUUAAACCAAAAAAAUUGAAGUGAAAGUAAAAAAAACUGUAUUUAUUCUUAAACUUAUUUUUACAGUAAAGUGUGAACUAAUGUAUUUUUCCCCUGCCAAUUGAAGCCUCCUAUUCUUGUACAUGGGACUUAGAAAAAUAGAGCAACAGAGUUGUGAUGUGUUGUGAAUCAGAUUUUAUAGUAGAAGUUGAAAUGAGGUAAGAGAAGCAAUUCCAUUAUGUCAUGGAAUAUGCAAGCAAUUACCAUUCAUUCCAGUGGCUAUCUUCUGAACUGUAAACUGUUUGGCCAGUAGCUUUAAGGGCCUGUCCCACUUGGGCGUCAUUUGCGUGUCACGCAGGUGGCGCGCGAAGAUUUUGUGAAUCCCAAAAUCCUGGUGCGCCGCGCGCCACUGUCCACAUCACCGCGCCUCACCGCGCGCGUUGUGACGCGUAAAUGAUGUCACGCAACGAUGCCCAAGUGGGACAGGCCCUUCACGUCUAAGUGCCGGCCAGUGUCACUGCAUUGAGGGGGGAAUAAGAGAUGGAAAGAUGCGGGCAUUGAUGGAUAAGAUGGAUGGUUUAAUGUCCACUAUCCCAUCAUGUAAUGCAUGGAAUCAAAAGAGAGGACAAAAACAACACGGAAUGCGCAGGGUCCAGUUUUACAGCAGCACAUCUCCCACUGUCUCUUUUUCCUUUCCAAGGACUUUAUUCAGCAAUUGCAUUUUACAGUGUACCAAAAGUACAUAAACGUUCAAUGGUUCAUACAUCAAGCAGUCAUUAUAGUAUAAUGGUGCAAUAAUUAUUUACUAAGCUCUCGACCCUCUCGGCGACCAGCGUUCACGGAAGGGACACGCGAGCAUGGGCGUAGGCCCGGAAGAGGGGCAGGCAGCCGACUCUGGUGUGACCAUCGACCGCCCAAAACCCGAGGAGCAGCCCCUUCAGAUAUUCAUACAGGGGCAGCUCCAUAUACAGGUGGAACACGGUCUCUUCCGCGUUGCAAGAGGCGGCCGGCAAGCCCGUGAACCGACUCAAAAGUCUCUCUUUUUUUCCUCCCCCCUCUCAUUGCCCUUCGGUGAACCACUCUCAUACAUGAACCUGAACUAACUUCUGGGCUUACUGGUGCCUGCCUUUAUAAAGGUAAGAAAUCAUGUGUUGAAUCAGGUGGUCAAUAGUGCUGCUCUGAAAUUCAUACUAUAACCAAUGGCAGGGGACUGCAUCCCCCACCCCCCUAGGAACAAAGCGCUAUCAGCCGCAGACUGGCGUGUAAAGCAAUACACAGCGCCACAGACUUGCCGUGUAAAGGUAAUACACACAGCGCUGCUGGUUUGGCGCGCAAAGGUUUAUUCAGCAAUAUUCAGAGGUUUAUUCAGGUUUCAGGUUUAUUUAGAGCGCUGUGGGGUGAACGUGUGGGAAUUUAAACAGCUGUCGGCUGUAGCGCUAUGGGUUCUAAAUAUCGAGCUACUGGCUGCAGCACUAUGGGCUUUAAACAUAGCGCUAUGGCCACAACGCUAUGAGUCACAGACGGUUCGGGAAAAUACUCAUAUAACAUGGGGAGGGGGAGAAAAGGGAAUAUCUCAGAUAUGCUAUUUACAUAACCACUUGGUUGAUAGGUUAAUGAGGGCAGUUAAAGAACAAGAAAUGGCUGCAAAAUGCAAUUCUCAGCUAUUGCUGAACCAAAGGAAAAAUGUUUGAAAUGCUCAGCAGAUCAAUCAGUGAAUAUGGAGAGGAAAAAUAAGAAAUAUUAAUGUUUAAAGUGUUAGAGCAGAUCUGGCCCGUUUUGAUAAACAAAAAGCGAGUUACCUUAAAUUGUUGAAUUCAAUAUCAGAAUGAAGGCUGUAACGUAUCCAGAAAGACGAUGAGCUGAUGCUCCAUACGCUAAUGUUGAGAAAUGUUGGAACAGUGCAGGAGGUGACAUACAGAUGACACUAUAGUAUUUUGCCCUGGAUUUUAUGUGCUUCAAUUUUUAAUAACGCUAGCUGGUUUAAAAAAACCCCAUCAAACUGGGUUGUCUUUUGUUGCAUUUAUAUGACAUGUGGUAGAACUCUAAAACUGCAGCAAGACUCCGAUAUAGCUCCAAACCUGGAUCCGAAGGAAAGCACUACGACAUUUCUUGAAGAUAUUUUGCAAUAUCGCUUCCGAUUCACUUCUAAUGUGGAUCCUGUUUUCUUAUUAGUUACAAGUUUAAAUUCUGUGAGCAGAAUUCUGAUACGUAUAUCCAAAUAAUAGAUUUUUUAUUGUAGUGUGGACAGUGCCAACUACCAUGUAUGGUGGCAGCUUUGAGGGUUGCAAAAAUACACCAGGUAUAAUGAAUAGUUUACAAUCCAGAAUAUAGUACUCCUAUUCAUUCCUAUUCAGAUAAAUUCUUGCUGGGUGGAUUUAUGCUUUGGAUGUAUUUACAUUCAACCCUCCAGUUGUAGAAGACUGGCAAUUUAGCACUAUUUGGGAUUCAUUUAAGAACUGUGGAGGUAGGUUUUCCACGUCGAGUGAUACAGCAUGGAAAUGUGCCCAAUUUGAUCAUGCCAAAAAGCCCCAUUCAAGCUAGUUCCAUUUGUCUGUUCUUGGCCUCUUCACUCUAAAUCUUUCCUAUCCAUGUUUUUUUUUUAAAUGUACUUAAUGUUCCUGCCUCAACUACUUUCUCUGGCAGCUCGUUCUAUAAACCCACCCUCUGCAUGAAAUAGUUGCCCCUCAAGUUCCAGUUAAAUCUUUCUCCUCUCAUCUUAAGCCUGUAUCCUCUAGUUCUUAUAUUCUAAUACUUUAUGCAUUAACUUUAUUCCUGUCAUGAUUUUAUACAACUGUAAGGUUACCCUUUACUCCUGCUCUAUAAGAAUUAAAGUCCUAGCCUGCCCAAUCACUCCCUACAGCUCGAGUCUGGGCAAUAUCCUCAAAUCUUUUCUGCACCUUUUACUUUUACAGCUGGGUAUAUUGUUCUCUAGUCCAUGUACCUUUAUGUACCUCAAGAGCAUAGUUGUCUUUAACUUGGGUUGUACAGUCAGCAACAGACUGGUUCCACCAAGAUUCAGCAACAGGCUGGGUUCCACCAAGAUGGAGGACAGAAAGCCAUAGGAGAUCCUUCUUCCCUUUGGCUAUCAAACUGUACAACUCCUCCCCCUCUGUAGUGGGGUAGACUGAGUG